GAGUCAUAAUGAAACAUAAAUAAUAAAAUACUGGUCAUUAGUAGUUCUGUGUUUUACCAGAAAAGGAGAUGGAGGUAAUCCAGCUCUCCAGAGAAAGAGCCGCUCCAGAUGUUUUAGGCUCCUCCUCUCGUUCUGCUCUUUCUCUAAACAUUCCAGCCAACUUAGUGCCUCUGCAUGAGGGCUUUUCCACUCCGCCUGUCAUAAACACAUACUCACACACUCACCGUUUCUAAGCAGUCUCCUCCAGUCUUUAAGAUGAGAGCCCUCCAGCUCCUUGUCCUCGUUCUUUCUGGCCUGGUUGGAGCACAGCAGCAGGCCCUUAUGGACUACUUGGAGAGAAGACUCCUUGCCAUUGAGGAUCGCAUCUCCUUGUGGCAUGAGCAGACCAGCCGCUACGCCUCUGAGCUGCGCGAGUUCAAGCAGCAGAUGGUGGCACAGCUAGAGGGCCUGGACAAGAGUAAGGAGGCGCUGCGAAGUGAGUUGGACACGGUGGGAACACGCGUAGAUCGCGUGGAGAGAGAGAUGGACUACCUCGAUACACAGAAUGGUGCGCAGCCUUGCGUGGACGUGGAUGACAAGCUGGUGGAGCAGCAGGUGACGGUUGUCAAGGAGAGAAACAAAGCCAAGUACGCCAAGCUUACAGACUGUAGUGACAUGAUCUCCAGCAUCAAAGCCAUGAAGAUCCUCAAACGAGUUGGUGGCACUAAGGGAAUGUGGACCAAAGACACAGGAAGUGCCACCGGGAAGGUAUACAUCUUAAACGGGACAGAGGAUAAUACAGUGCAUGAAUUUGGUACAGUCCGUGAUUUCACUUCCUCCCAAGGCACUUCUGGGGCCACCAGUGUCCAGCUCCCUUCAGCCUGGCGUGGUAUGGGCCAUGUGAUCUACAACAACCAGCUUUAUUAUCUGAAGCAGGGUGAGGAGAUGAAACUAAUAAAGUUUGAUCUUCAGAAGAACAUAGUUGUGGACAGUGCUGUAUUUCCAGCUAAAAACCAGCUCCCAGUGUACAGCCUGAAUCCUGAGACCUUCAUCGAUUUAGCAGUGGACGAAGAGGGUCUGUGGGCCAUCUACGCCACACAGGAGAAUGAGAGGCACAUCUCUUUGGCCAAGAUAGACGCUAAAACACUAGACGUUGAGCAGAUGUGGGACACCCCUUGUGUGAGGGAGAAUGCGGAAGCAGCGUUCGUCAUCUGUGGUACUGUCUACGUGGUCUAUAACUCCAAACUACCCAGCCGCUCCCGAAUUCAGUGUGUGUUUGAUGUCAGUGACAUGGUAACAAAUGACGACGCUCCACAUGUAUACUUUCCCAAACGAUACGGCACUCAUGCCAGCCUCAAAUACAGCCCUGUGGAGCAGCUGCUCUACGCUUGGGACGAUGGCUAUCAAAUCCUCUACAAACUCCAAAUGAAAAAGAAACUGGAGGUGUAGAAGGUGUACUGAAGACUGAAGUAAGCAGAGCUGGAGAGUAAAUGCCCGUGUUAUAGGCUUGUUUUUCUAAUGCAACCUGGCUGAGUCGCACUUCAAUAUAUUUGAGCUUUUAGUUACACGGAGAGCACAACAUAUGAUUGAUUGGACACAUGUUUGUUUACUGGAAAUAAAUGUACAGGGCUCAAGAAAGAACCAUUUUAACUUAGUUUGCCUGGAGCAGAACUAAUACAAUGAUUUUAUAUUUUAUGUUGACAUGAAAUGUGCUGUUAAUAAAUAAUUGCAAUACUAGUUAACAAUUCACCUAGCAACUAGGAACACACUGAAACAACAUUACAGUAAUAUCAAUACUUAAAAGGUACACUAUGCAAACUGUGGCAUUAAAAAACAGCAUGCAUUUUGUGGAAGGUUUAAGGUUUAUAGGUUUAAGAGAUAUAACCAGUUUAGAUAGAAAGGAUCUCAAGCUGACUAGCUGAAGACGUUACUGUAGGCUAGAUAAAGCCAUAGACACAAUACUACCUUGAAAAUAAAUUCCAGCACAGCGCUACAACAACCAUUAAUGAAAUGACUCUUCACAUGUGGUAAUUUAUCUGUUUAGUAAAAUAUCUCACUCACCUGUUGAGUAAUAAAAACAGCAUCUCCACAA